AUGGUCCUCGGGCGCACUGAAGAAGCAAUUGUUGUCGCAGAAACUGGUUUGGCAAUAUGCGAGUUGAUGGAAGAUAACAAUGUCAGUGAUCGAAUAAACAAUCGCAGCAGAAUGCUACUAUAUCUGGCCCAAAUGCACCAACUAAAUUCAACGAACCCGGCCUUUGAUAGAAAUGAGGAGCUAAAUCUUGCAGAACAUUAUUACCUUACCGAUCAAGGCUCAGCGUUAUCACCUGACCGAUCAGAGGACUUUGUACUUCAAAAGAAUCUAAGCUACACUAACUUUCUGUGUGAACAAAAGCGUUUUGCCGAGGCUGCUACUGUACUUUGGAAUAUGAAUAAAUUAGGCAAACAAGUGUUGGAUAAGGUUUUGUACUAUGCCUAUUUUGCACGUGUCUUUUAUGGUCCGGGAGUACAGAAAAGCAUCGAAGUUGACGGCGAACUAUUGAUAACUGUUGGACAUUGUAUGUACAACACAAUAGUCCAAGUGCUUGUUGGAAUGGGAAAGAGAAGGGAAGCGGUAGCUGCAUGCGAGAAGCUGACAGCUUUCUCAGUAAUUGUUCACGAGUCAAUUUUCGGGCAACGUCCUUCCAGUAUCCCAUACCUUAUCGAAACUUGUCAUCGCGAGUUGUUGUCUCUUUUGAAUGACGAAGACCAAAAGCAACUUCAGAAUUGUGAAUUUCCGUUAUCCCCAGCUAAUCUUUUCAAAUUGUAUUACAUGGUUAACGAAUACAUCUUGGCACUAAAAUACUACCCGAACGAGACCGAGUCACCUGACUUGAUCGAAAUUAAAAUUUCAUGCUUGCGCUUAGCUGGAAAUGCGUUAGUGGAAAUGGAUAGAGGAGAUGAAUCAUAUGACUACUUCAUGCAAUUUCUUGCAAUGCUUCAAACAAAAGAGGGAUUUAUGGACAAGCCCUUUCAUGCUCAAUGCGCAACCCUUGGAAAAUAUUCUUUUGCAAAUCAAUAUUACAUUUUCCGCUCGUUGGGAGGGAUAAUGGCAUGCGAAAGAGAGAAUCUUGAUGGUGCAAUUCAGUGUUAUGAACGAUGUCUUGAACUAGAUGAAGAUUUGACCCGUGACCAAGGCCUUGUGGCAGUCCUGGCUGACCUUUAUCAAUCAAAAGCGUUAACAGUUGACAUACAAGACCAAGAUUCCUACAAACAACAGAUGGACCUUGCUCUUAAUUUGUUCCAUAACCUGCUUCAAAAGACUGCCGAGUUGACACCAUUUGUAGAAUGCUCUUUUGCAUCGCUUUUGUCGAAAUUGGAGCGUUGUGAUGAAGCUGUUAAACAUUUUGAAAAUGUUAUUAAAAGAGCAGAUGACACACCUAUUCGCAUUACGGACGCAGACAAGCCGUUGUUAGACGUUCACUUUCGUCGUGAAAUUGAAGUUAGAGGCCGUUUUGAGAUCUCAUUAAAAGUCCAAACUUUCUACGAGUUAAUUUUAACUUAUAUGAAAUUGAAUGAAGUGGGAAAAGCUGAAGAAGUCGCGCUUCAAUUGGAGAAUUAUGUUAAACGUUUUCAAUCCACUCCAAAGUAUUCUCGGGCUCUGUCUAUAGUAGGAUACGCCUACAAACUAGUUGGAAACAAAGAAAAAGCCGCGGAGAUAUUUGUUUCGGUAUUGGAAAUCAUCCCGGGACAUUUACCGGUCACAGAAGCAUUGGAAAGCCUCUGUAUGUGA